AUGUCGCCACGAGAGACGACCGUCGUCUCCUCGCGCCGCCGCCCCUCGCUAUCGCUUCGCCCGCGGCCGCGGACUGCGGUACAUUCAGUUGUGCUUCCCAAGAACUAUACCUUUGAUCAGUGGCAAAAGGCUUCCCUGGUGGAAGCGUGCGCCGAUGAUGCAUCCGCAAUCGAAGAAAUGGAGCCCUUUCCAGAGGCAGUGCCUCGGCGUCGUGCCGCCAAGAGCUUCUCCAGCCUGCGCCAUCCGGUGGAUGGCCUAGUGGCGCUGGGCCGUCGUCUCUCGGUGACUCUCCGCAGCAAGACCUCGAAGCAGAACUUGCGCGUUCCGGGAGAUGAGCAUGAUGACGAGUGCCACAAUUAUCACCACGUUACGGGUCACUCCAGCCACAAGCGCAGUGCUGCGUCUGGAAGUUGGGGGGUGCGCUCCCGAGCGUGGUCCCAUGGCCCGAACCCCGUUAGCAUCAAUCGCCGCCCCUCUUUGAACAGCGUCUCUGCGCUUCAUGAGUUCUAUGCUCCAACUGCUUCCAUUCCUGCUCCUAUCCCUGGUCAUGGAUUGGAGCCGCCUAUUCUGCCAAAUGACAUGUAUGCGGGUGCGGCCGCGCGAGCUGCUGCGGCUGCACAGAAUGAACUGAUGGAGUUGGCUAGGCUGGAAAUGGCCAAGCCGGAGAGGUACCUGCUUAAGAGCUCAGAGAUGGGAUUGACUAAGGAUUCGGAAAGUGGGAUUGGUAUUGAUCUGCGGGAUCGCUCCGAUCUCUCUGAUGCCGAAUUGGAUCUUAUUCGCACCGACCCGGUUUCCUACUUGCCAGCUGAAAUCAUGGCUCAUGUUCUUUCGCAUUUGGAUCCUGCCUCUCUUUUGCAAUCUGAGUUGGUUUCAAGAUCCUGGUACCGCCAGGCGUCCUCCCAACAUGUCUGGAAGCAUGCGUUCCGUGGUGCACACCCAUGUCGGCCGGCCAGCGCCACAGCCACCAAGAAGAAGCAAUCUGCCGGUCUGGGGAAGAAUAUUCCGAACCAAGACUGGAAGAGAAUGUAUUUUGUCCGACGGGCCCUCGAGCAUCGCUGGAAGGAGGGCAAGGCCGCCGCGAUCUACCUGCAUGGUCACCAAGACAGUGUUUACUGUGCACAGUUCGACGAGAACAAGAUUAUCACUGGUUCGCGCGAUCGUACGAUCCGUGUGUGGGACGCUCACUAUCCUUGGUCUUGUCUCAAGAUCAUUGGCCCACCUCCGGGCGAUGUGGCUAUCGCGGGCCCAGUGAAUAACCCGGCACAGCAAGCCACAGGGAAGUCUCCCUUUGCGACUAUCUGCCCGCCAUCUACCCCCACAGCAGGCAUUGUCACGCCAAUGGCGCAAACCGCAGACUAUCACAGUGCCUCCAUACUUUGCUUGCGGUUUGAUGAGGAAAUCAUGGUCACUGGUUCUUCGGACUACACCUGUAUCGUUUGGGACAUCAAGAAUGACUACCGUCCGAUCCACCGUCUUGCUGCCCACCGUGCUGGUGUGCUAGAUGUCUGCUUUGACGACCGAUACAUCGUAUCCUGCUCCAAAGACAGCACGAUUUGUGUGUGGGACCGCAAGACUGGCGCGCUUCUUAAGCAGCUUACGGGCCACCGUGGCCCGGUAAAUGCUGUGCAACUCCGCGGUGACCUCGUGGUCUCGGCCAGCGGUGAUGGCGUGGCCAAGCUGUGGAACGUCAUCGACGGCCACUGCGUCAAGGAAUUCCCCAGCAAGGACCGCGGUCUUGCCUGCAUCGAGUUCAGCGAUGACGGCCGUACGAUUCUGACCGGUGGUAAUGACCGGACUAUCUACCAGUUCGACGCCAAUACCGGCGAGCUGGUGAAUGAGCUCCGUGGCCACACCGGCUUGAUUCGGUCGCUUCACCUGGACAGCAUGAACAAGCGUAUCGUGAGCGGCAGCUACGAUAUGAGUGUCAAGGUGUUCGAUACCGAAUCAGGUGAGCUGUCCAUUGACCUGCCUGGAUGGACCACCAGCUGGAUGCUGAACGUCCAGUCGGACUACCGACGGAUUCUCGCAACCAGCCAGGACUCGCGAGCCGUCAUCAUGGAUUUCGGCUAUGGGUUGGAUGGCAUUGAGCUGCUGGAGGAGUGA